CUUAAAAUUGUUGACGUUUCCACUUAAAAUGUCACCGAAAGUUUUACCGGUUAAAUUGUUUAAUUAUCGUCAUUAACAAUGAAUGAAAGUAUAUCGUACGACGUUUAGUUAUCGGCAACCACACACAAUCGCUUCCUGUCGCAAAAGGUUCCUAGAAGAGAUGACACGUUUAUUGUUAAACCGUUUACUGUUAAAUAGAAAAGGGAAAUUAAUCCGAAUCGCUGCGAUAUGCUUAAUUUUAGUGCCCUUACUUUAUUUAUUAACAACCUGGCCCAAUAGACAGCAGGAUGCUGCCCAAACGGCUAAGCUGACAAGGCGUGAGCGACCAAUUUUAGUAAAAGACCUGGGCAAUUUGGAACCACGCAAUCUGAAGAAACGCGUCGGUCCAGGCGAAAACGGCGAGGCCCACGUGCUACGGCAAGACCAGCAGAAUGACGCCGAUCAGUCCGAAGCGGAGUAUGGUAUGAACAUCGCCUGUUCAGAUGAAAUCUCCUUGGAUCGUGCCAUCCCCGAUACACGAAUGCCCGAAUGCAAACACUGGGAUUACCCGCAUGAUCUGCCGUCGACUACCGUCAUAAUUGUCUUCCACAACGAGGGAUGGUCUGUGCUUCUUCGGACUGUGCACUCUGUCAUUAAUCGAUCACCCAAGCAUGUGCUGAAGGAAAUUCUGCUUGUGGACGAUUUUAGUGAUAAGGAUAAUCUUAAAAGUGACUUAGAUAAUUAUAUUGAGCAAUUUGGGGGGAUUGUUCGAUUAAUUCGUAAUACUGAACGAGAGGGUUUGAUUAGGACACGAUCCAGGGGUGCUCAGGAGGCGACGGGUGAAGUUAUAGUCUUUUUAGAUGCACACUGUGAAGUAAACACCAACUGGCUGCCACCUUUGCUGGCACCGAUCUAUCGCGAUCGCACAGUGCUUACUGUACCGAUUAUAGAUGGAAUUGAUCACAAGACCUUCGAGUAUCGUCCGGUUUAUGGUGAGCACCGUCAUUUCCGCGGGAUUUUCGAGUGGGGCAUGCUGUAUAAGGAGAACGACGUUCCCGAACGCGAAUUGUCGACAAGGGCCCAUAACAGUGAACCGUACAAAAGCCCUACGCAUGCGGGUGGACUGUUCGCUGUGGAUCGCAAGUACUUCCUGGAGCUGGGAGCGUACGAUCCUGGUCUUUUAGUUUGGGGCGGGGAGAACUUCGAGCUCAGCUUUAAAAUAUGGCAGUGCGGCGGGAGCAUCGAGUGGGUGCCAUGCUCGCGAGUGGGACAUGUUUAUCGCGGAUUUAUGCCUUACAAUUUUGGAAAAUUGGCUCAGAAAAAGAAGGGACCUUUGAUUACAAUUAAUUACAAGCGUGUAAUCGAGACGUGGUUCGAUGAGAAAUAUAAGGAAUACUUCUACACUCGAGAGCCUUUAGCUCGUUUCCUCGACAUGGGAGACAUUUCCGACCAGAAGGCCUUAAAAGAAAAAUUAAAGUGUAAAAGUUUCAGUUGGUUUAUGGAGAAUGUCGCCUAUGACGUUGUCGACCGAUUUCCAGAGCUCCCACCGAAUCUACAUUGGGGUGAGUUACGUUCCGGUGCCGUUGGUAAAUGCAUCGAUACACUGGGACACGCUCCACCCGCUCUGAUUGCCAUUCAGCACUGCCACGGAUUCGGCAAUAAUCAACUAAUUCGUCUAAAUGCAAAAGGCCAAUUGGGUGUAGGCGAGCGAUGCAUAGAAGCCGACUCUCAAGGAAUCAAACUGGCCUUUUGCCGACUAGGAACUGUGGACGGACCUUGGGUGUAUGACGAAGACACCCACACCUUAAUGCAUCGUUUACACAAGAAGUGCAUGGCCUUGCAUCCCCAAACAUCCCAUCUGUCGUUAAUGCCGUGUGAUAGUAACAAUACAUAUCAGCAGUGGUAUUUCAAAGAAGUUCGCCCUAAGUAGUAAUUUUAGUAAUUAACAUUCCCUUCGAAUAUGUAAAUACAAAUAUUUAAUUUGCUGCAGCUUUACAAGUAUUGUACAUAAAACUUAAGCGAGUAGGUACCAAGUACCAACCUUAACUUGUAGCAUAUAAACAUAUCCGAUAAUUUAUGUACAAACUACUUGCCAUUUUACUGUGUACUUAAAUUAUGUUUCAAUCGAUCACUAUCUCUUAGUUUAUUUGGUGUUAUAUGUAAAUGCAAUAUCUUUUAUUUUACCUCUGGUGCCUUUGACUGUGUUUUCAGAUUUUUUUAAUUUUAAUUACAUUAAUAU